GACACGCGACCAACGCAGGUUCCCGUAAGAUCGCCGUGGGCGAGCGCGAGGCGGCAGGUGCGCGCAGGUGCCGCGCGUCUCACAGGGUGACGACACGUCAAUGCAGCGCUGAGUCGCUCCGUUUCCAGAACUUGGAAGCAGGAAGUUCUCACAAGUACACGAGACGCCAAAAGGGACUUGGUCUCCGUGCCGUCGACAGGUCCUCCGUUCAUAGCAAGUGGGCUGGCAGCUUGAUCAGGACCAUGAGGGUUGGAGGAAUCCUGAAAUUGGGCGUGCUACUUUCAGUCGUGUUUUUUGCUGUGUUCUUUGCCUUCCAAAGACUUGAAAUAACCUUCAGUUUGGACUGGACAGGCUUGCUAGGCAGGUCUGCUCCCAUAAAAGAUCCUCCUACCCAGCUUCCUCGCUACAAAUGCAACCUGUUGAAAGCCUGCCCUCCCACCCACUUUGCUUUUAAGAUGAACAGUGGGGGUGCUAGUGUGGUGGGACCCAAGAUGUGUCUGGAGGAUAACGUGCUAAUGAGUGGCGUGAAGAACAAUGUUGGACGAGGCUUGAACAUUGCUUUAGUCGAUGGGAAGACUGGAAAUGUCAUAAAGACAGAUUUCUUUGACAUGUGGGCAGGAGAUGUCAAUACCCUGAUCAAGUUCCUUAAGGAAAUUGAAGAUGGGACUCUGGUCAUGAUGGCCACCUUUGAUGACUCUUCCACCAAACUCAACGCUGAGGCCAGGCAGCUCAUCAGUGAAAUGGGCAGCUCAAGUAUCCACCUUCUAGGCUUCAGGGAUAACUGGAUCUUUGUUGGAGCAAAGGGGAUCAAAAACAAGACCCCCUUUGAAGAGUACAUAAAGAACAAAGCAGAUACCAACAAGUAUGAUGGUUGGCCUGAGGUUCUGGAGAUGGAGGGAUGCAUUCCCAUCAGGCAAGAAUAGCUCCCCUCGUGUCCUUGGGGGGGCUGGAGCAUGUGUGGGUCUCAAAGUUCUCGUCGAAGGGUUGAACUGCUCAGCUGGAGAGGAAACCUGCACACAUAUUGGAUGUCUGGGACAAGGGGGUGGAGGGAGCCACAGCAGGGCUGAGAGGUUUUACAGUUAACAAUUUUUGUUAUAGGCCAUUGCAGAAAUUGUCAUAUUUGACUGAGACGCUAACUGAAUACACGUCAGGAUUUUGUGUGUCAGUGGUUGGCUGUAGGUAUUGAUGUUUUUAACAAAAAAGUUACAUUGCGCACACUGCAGAUCUGUAGUGUAUGCUCAUAAAAGUGAGUUAAUAGUGUGAUUUAUUUAUUUUUAUAUUUAAUAAGAAAGAAGAGCAAGGGCCAGGAGUGGAAGAGCAUGCUGCCAAGGGUUAGGGGCUUGGUGUCCAUAUAGCUGUGUUAUGAUGAUGAGGAGGAUGAAGGGGACUGUAUUGUAUUGCUUGCAGAACCUAGCCCAGGUUUACUGUUUCCAAAGCCAGACAGCACUGAAAUUGCAUAAUAUUCUCACACAAGUCAGAAUGAAUUUAAAUGGGAUAACCACUACAUUUUCUAACAACUGUAAUUACUAUUAUGAUUAUUCAUUUUUAUGUUAAUGGCUAUUCAGUGUCUUUUUUUUUUUUUUUUAAUUCAUGUCAUCUUUUGGACUGAGUAGCUCAUUUGAAUUAAUGACAACUGAAUGUUUUGUGUUGGGAAAAAUACUUGAUUUUUUAAAAUGGUACUGCAGUAAAGUAUGCCUUAAAUGUUGUUACAGCCAAUUGUAAAGCCAUCUAGCAGAUAUUUAAUACAGCAAGUUAAAUCUGAAUAUAUGGAAACAUUCUUUUGCCCUUUGUUCAUUAGACUUUAUCUGGAAAAUAAACUGAAAAAGAAAG